AUGUCUUUCUCCCCCUCCGUCCUACCCAAGAAUACUAAGCGAAAACAUCACAAACUUCUCAAGGAUGGCAGUGGUACUGCAGUGUGGCCAGAGAAUGUCGAGCAAAUAUUCGUCCAGGGUCUGCGGGAGUAUUGGGAAUCGCCAUGGGCCAGCUAUUCUGGUCGAGGCAGAUCACGUUGGCGAAACCAGUUCCUUGUCGACUACCUAGCUUCUCAGGGUAUACAGCGUUCAAAGAAACAAGUCGCUAGUCACAUUCAGGUGCUGCGAAACAUGUGGAAAGGAGAGCCUCAGUACAAUCUUGUGGCCGGCGCCGACGAGCUUUUUCAGGACCCAGUCAAGCUCGAGGACCAACCAACCCUCCUCACCAUUGAUGACGAUGACAUUUCCUCAGCCUCCAACUCCCCCCCAGAUCAGCUCAGCGAGUUCCCACCUUCACCAGCCCCAGGACUAUCCUACUCCCCCACAAGUCCCCUCUCCUCAAUACCAGACAUCGUCGACUCCCCUCCCCACUCGCUUGCCAAUCUCGUUGCGCCGUAUCCUUACGUAGCCCAUCAAAAAUCAUUUUCACCACACCAGCCCCCCAAUCGUACAACAAGCUUCACACUUGUUGCAGAAGGCAUGACACCCUUUAUCGUCAACCUCGACAAGCUUUCCUUACCAGCCACCCUUCCCGCUCGCACACCUCCUCUUAGUCUCCGUCUUCGCCUAAGUUUACCCCGGACAGAUGACCCACAUGCGCCAACAUCACUGCAUGGUUUUUUCGCUAGUGUCCGUCUGGCUGCUAUCUGGUCCGGUCACGCAAAGGUGUUGACCCACGUUUACGAUCCAGCCGGUCGUUGUGCGGUGACUGAUGCUGCUACUCUCCAUGCGAGUAGUAUUGACCUCGGGACCGUCGUUGCGGAAUUCCCAGAGUCGGCUCUCACCAGAUCGCGUUGGUGUGACCCUCUUACGCAUUCUACCAUCACACAACAACUCCUUGUCGACAACAGUACCCUGCUAUUCGUUGUCUAUGAGCUUGACCGUCACUCUGGUCACUCGAUGCCCUCUGUCGAGUUCCUCUCCUUCCAAAAAUACGUCAGCAACUCUGAUGCCAGUACUACCGCCAUGGCGCAACCCACCCCAUCCAUGUUCUACUACCCGCAAUACACCCCAUCAACCACAUCUUCUCUUUCAGCGGCCCUUACUCCGAUUUCUUAG